GGCUCUGGGGGGAGGCGCAGACGGAGCCGGCGGCGGAAGAGGAGAAGAAGGGGAGAGGGGGAGGAGAAUGGAGCCCCGGGCGGCGGCUGAGCCCGAGCCCCCGCCCGCCUCCUCCGCCUCCUCCGCCUCCUCCUCCUUCCAGGCCCGGUUCUGGAAGAACCUGCAGCUGGGGGGCAGCAAGAGCAAGGGCGGCGGGGGCGGGCGAGUGGGGCCGGGCCUCUGGCGGGAGAGCCGCACUGCGGGGACCCCGUCGCCCUCCCCGCCUCCGCCGGGAGGCAAGCGCGAUGGGCUGGGAGGCAGCAGGUGGAGCGGCUUCAAGAAGAGGAAGCAGGUGCUGGACAGAGUCUUCUCUUCCUCCCAGCCCAACCUCUGCUGCUCCUCGGCCGAGCCCCUGGAACCGGGCGGCGGCGGCGCGCAGCAAGGGUCCGCCCUGCGCCGCCGAAUCCGGGAGCAUUUGCUCCCGGCUGGGAAGGGGCCCGCGGCCGCGGCCGGAGCGACGCCGCCUGGCGGCUGCUCCCCGGACUCGGCGCCCUCCUCCUCCGCCUCCUCCGUCUCCUCCUCGCCUCAGCCGCCCCCUCGGGGGCAGCGGGCAGGCGAUGAGGGCGCCAAGAGGCCGGGCCCCAGAGCCCACCUGUCCCACCAGAAGAGCUCCUCCCUGCCUGGCACUGCCUGCCUGGAGCAGCUCCUGGAGCCUCCGCAGCCGCCGCCGCCCCCUCAGCCCGCGGCCCCAGAGCAGGAGCCUGCCCCGUCCGAGGCUGCGAUCCCGGACAAAGGCGAGGAACUACGGGGCAGCGGCCAGAGGCUAAACACUGUUGGAACUAGUAAUGCCGAUCUCCCUUUGGUUGAUCCCGGAAUGUACCAGUUGGAUAUUACAUUAAGAAGGGGUCAGAAUUUAGCUGCCCGAGAUCGUGGAGGGACAAGUGAUCCAUACGUGAAGUUCAAAAUUGGAGGAAAAGAAGUUUUUAGAAGUAAAAUAAUACACAAGAAUCUCAAUCCUGUUUGGGAGGAAAAAGCUUGCAUUCUUAUUGAUCAACCGAGAGAGCCUCUGUAUAUAAAGGUCUUUGAUUAUGACUUUGGACUACAGGAUGAUUUUAUGGGUUCAGCUUUUUUGGAUCUCACAUUAUUGGAGUUAAAAAGACCAACAGAUGUGACUCUAACUCUGAAAGACCCACAUUAUCCUGAUCAUGAUCUGGGAACCAUUUUGCUGUCUGUAAUUCUUACUCCAAAAGAAGGAGAACAGAGGGAUGUGCAGAUUCCAAUGCACAGAUUUCAUCAUUGGAGUCUUUAUGAAAUAAAAACCAUGCUAAUGAGGAAGAGUUGGAAAAGAUCAAGUAAGGAACUCUCAGAAAAUGAAGUGCUUGGAUCGUAUUUCUCAGUGAAGUCUUUCUGGUGGAGGACCUACAGAACCCCUGCUUUUCCAGCCUUGGGCUUCUCCAGAGCAGAGCUCCAGAAUCCUUGUUGCCAAAAUACACAAUUUCAGACCCAAAGUUUACGUCUCUCAGACCUGCACAGAAAAUCCCACCUAUGGAGAGGGAUAGUCAGCAUCACUUUGAUAGAGGGACGAGAUCUCAAGGCCAUGGAUUCAAAUGGAUUUAGUGACCCCUAUGUGAAAUUCCGGCUUGGUCAUCAGAAGUACAAGAGCAAGAUUAUGCCAAAAACACUGAAUCCUCAAUGGAGGGAACAGUUUGACUUUCAUCUUUAUGAAGAGCGAGGAGGAAUUAUUGAUAUUACUGCUUGGGACAAAGAUGCUGGGAAGAGGGAUGAUUUUAUUGGCAGGUGCCAGAUCGACCUGUCAGCCCUCAGUAGAGAACAGACUCACAAGCUGGAGCUAGAGCUGGAAGAGGGCGAAGGACAUCUGGUGCUGCUGGUCACCCUGACAGCCUCCGCCACUGUCAGCAUAUCUGACCUCUCUGUAAACUCCUUGGAGGACCAAAAGGAACGAGAAGCGAUAUUAAAGAGAUAUAGUCCAAUGAGGAUGUUUCACAAUGUAAAGGAUGUAGGAUUUCUCCAGGUGAAAGUCAUCAGAGCAGAAGGGCUGAUGGCAGCUGAUGUCACAGGUAAAAGUGACCCGUUUUGCGUAGUAGAACUGAACAAUGAUAGAUUACUGACACACACAGUCUACAAAAAUCUCAACCCUGAAUGGAACAAAGUCUUUACAUUCAAUAUUAAAGAUAUCCAUUCAGUCCUUGAAGUGACGGUUUAUGAUGAAGAUCGAGACCGAAGUGCUGACUUCCUGGGCAAAGUUGCAAUACCGUUGCUGACUAUUCAAAAUGGUGAACAGAAAGCCUACGUCUUGAAAAACAAGCAGCUGACAGGGCCAACAAAGGGGGUCAUCUAUCUUGAAAUAGAUGUGAUUUUUAAUGCUGUGAAAGCCAGCAUCCGAACAUUAAUUCCCAAAGAGCAGAAGUACAUUGAAGAGGAAAACAGACUCUCUAAACAGCUGCUGCUCAGAAACUUCAUCCGGAUGAAGCGCUGUGUCAUGGUGCUGGUAAAUGCUGCCUACUACAUUAACAGUUGUUUCGAUUGGGAUUCACCCCCAAGGAGCCUCGCUGCUUUCGUGCUCUUCCUCUUUGUGGUUUGGAACUUUGAGCUCUACAUGAUACCCCUGGUUUUGUUGUUGCUGCUGACGUGGAACUACUUCUUGAUAAAAUCAGGGAAAGAUAAUCGGCAACGUGACACGGUAGUGGAGGACAUGCUAGAGGACGAGGAAGAAGAGGAUGACAAAGAUGACAAGGACAGUGAAAAAAAAGGAUUCAUAAAUAAAAUCUAUGCCAUCCAAGAGGUGUGUGUCAGCGUCCAGAACAUCCUUGAUGAAGUGGCAUCCUUUGGAGAGAGGAUAAAAAACACAUUCAACUGGACUGUCCCAUUCUUAAGCUGGCUGGCAAUUGCUGCCCUCUGUGCGUUCACAAUCAUCCUGUAUUUCAUUCCGCUGAGAUACAUUGUCCUUGUCUGGGGCAUCAAUAAAUUUACAAAGAAGCUUCGGAGUCCAUAUGCGAUUGAUAACAAUGAGCUACUUGACUUCCUUUCUCGAGUUCCUUCUGAUGUACAAGUAGUGCAGUACCAAGAACUGAAACAAGAUCCCAGUCAUAGCCCAUGUAAAAGGAAGAAAAACAAUCUUGGCUAGCCAGCUUCACGCACUGAGGAGACCAGCAGCAUCUGUUUGAGAAAGAUAAAAGAAAAAAAAAGCCCCCAGCCUCAGCAACAUUUCCUUCCUUUAUGUUUUUAUUUAUUUUGUCUUUUUUUUUAUCAUGAUGGAGAGAAUCUGUAAAUAUUGUACAAAGGCAUAUGUCAUUGAAAUAUACUUCCGUUGUACAGAACCAGUUUGAUAAGGGUUUCAAGUUUGGCUUCAGUUAUAUGAAACCCUUGCAGCAGUGGAUGAAACUAUAACAUGUUAAAAAAACCAAUGCAAAAAAAAAAAACAUGAGAAGAUACUUCUGAUGGUUAGUGAACAGGCUAGAAUAUCAGAUUAACUACUCAGCUGUGUCUGAUUAAAUCUAUAAAAAUGUAAAUCUCAAUCUGAUUCUUAGAGGUGAAUGGUGGUUUGUUUGGUUUUCAUUGACUAUUUUUCAUCCAAAACGUUAUCCAUUACAAGUUUUUCUCAUUUCAACAGGGGAGAAAAAUAACCAACCAUCCCCAUAACCUAUGUUUAUCACAGAUGCUAUAAUUUGGACCCUGUUCACUUUGGGUACAAAUUAACUUAGAGUUGUCAGGGCUGCUUCUAAAUGAAUGAAUGAAGGUAAAUUUUAGCCUUCAAGAAAAUUGUUGGUUCUUGAGGUCCAUGAGGAACAGAAGUUCCACUCCUUGUACGUCAUUCCAUUUGAGGACUUUAAAACCUAGAUGGGUCUAAAAUUAAAUACUGCCAGGUUUCUAAGUGAUUGCAUAUGACUUUUUGUAUAGUGCACAUUUAUUAUACUAUAAUGCUUUAAUUUGUACCAAAUUAGCAGAUUAGCAAACCCAGUACAGUUACCAAUAAUAGCAUUAGCAAUCUGAAUCCAUUAUGGCUUUUGGUAUCAGGUUAUGAACACCCUUUGUCUGGCUAAGGAAUUUUAAUACGUAAUUGUUCUAGAGUCAGCCUUGAAGUCAGGAAGACCCCUUGGCUUCAAGAUCUGCCUCUGUCACAUAUUGGUUGUGUUCACCCAGGCAAAUGACUUAACUUCUCCAGAGAACUUGCUAAGACCGACAAGCUGUUGUUUUGUAUCUAAAGAGUGACGGUCUAUGCCUGGAGUAAGGCAUCCUGAUGGUGAAGAACCUCUCUUUAAAAAAAUUUUCAUAGAAAAAAGGUUUUGCUUUUUUAUCACAUCAUAUAAAGUACUUCAUUGUGUAUGGCUUUCCAGCUAUCAAUAGGAAUUUUAAUUUAGAGGAGGAUGAAGUGUGGCAAGUGAUAUGCCAAUAUUUCAUUUCUUUCAUUUAUGAAAUGGUAAUUUUGACUAAUAUGGAUAUGGUCCCCCUGCAUGAAAAUCAGUUUUGUAAAUUAGACUGCUCAUUUAGGGAGGAAAAAUGGUUUACCUUUGAACAAUGUUCACUAAUCCCAGCAGAAUGAACACUUUCAGUUGCCAUUUGCAAGACUCCACACAGCAGUUUUUGUACUUAAUUCUCUCUGUGUCAAGGAGAGAAUACACCUCGAGAGAGAAAUCAUCUGGAGAGAAAUUCUCACUUUUCUGACUUGAUAGGGGAUCAAGCUUUGGUUGGAAUUGUUACAAAGAAUGUUUUCUACCAUUCUAAUAAUAGACUUGGGUAGAGAUUAUGUUAGAGUGAGUUAAAGAGAGACAAGUUGGAAAAAUGUUGGAGUGGGAGAAAUGUCUAUAUUUCUGUCUAUAGGAAUAUUCUUUAAAAAUGCACUUAUCUCAUGGAAGCGGAUUUAAAAAUUAUUUUUAUGUUACUGAUAUAUCGAUAAAUACUGUUUCUUGUGGUAGAACUA